GAAGAAUACUAGUUGGUGUAGCCGCGUUUUUUAAUCGAUCAACUGAAAACUAUGGCACUGUCACAGAUCGUAUUUGAAGUCGUUUUGAUUACCUCUCUUAUUGGAAAGAACUCUGCUGAAGGUCCUGUGAACAGUGUUAGCACUGAAGUAUUUAAAUCAUUGCCAGAUGGAGUUUUCAUGAUAGAAGGAAAUCCAGCCGUUUUCGAGUGUAUCAUACAAGGUGCAAAACCAGCUCCAAACAUCUCCCAAGUCGCGUGGUACAUAGAGUUAUUAACAGGCAAUAACGAGUCACUGCCAGGUAUUCCAGGAAACCCGAUCACCUCAAACAGAACCACAUCAAUCAGUCUGUCGUACACGGCUCGCAGACAAGACCUGGGCCUGGUGUUCUGUACUGCAACAAACGACUGGAUGGUAAGCCGGGGUAUCCCUGCUGUUACCUCAAGUAACAAGAUACAACUGUACAUCCAGAGCCGAUACAAAUUCCUAGAUGGCUGCCCUGCCCUCUGA